CAAUACCGACAAGUAAUUGAAACAUCAAGCAAACAAUUACAUGCAAUGUUUAUUCGAACUUAUGGACCAUUUUAUCAGUCACAUACACAGAUUUUCAACAAUUUGUUUGCUGAUCUGCAAGAAUUUUAUUCGGACACCAAAUUUAUGUCUCUGAAACCUAUUUUAGAUCGAUUCUUUUUCGAUCUUUUUCGCACUCUCUUACUUAUUUUGAAUCCAACGGAUGAAAUAAAAGAAAACAAUUUCGAUUGCUUGAGAAGUUCAUUUGCAUUGCAACCAUUCGGAGAUAUUCCACUAAAAAUGGUCCGUCAACUUGAACGAAGUUUGGGAGCUGCUAGAACUUUAACUGAUGCUCUGAAGUCAUCAACAGAUAUUCUACAAAAUAUCUUACAGGUUAAUUAA